GUAUUAUUUGAACAGUUCAAGUUUUUCCUAAAUCUUUAUUUUCUGAUCAUGGCCUUGUCGCAGCUGAUUCCAGAACUAAGAAUUGGUUACCUCUACACCUACUGGGGACCCCUGGGUUUUGUCUUGUUUGUGACCAUGUGUCGGGAAGCUCUGGAUGACUACAGACGGUACCGGCGAGACAAAGAGGCUAAUUCCCAGAAGUACAAAAAACUGACCAGAGAUGGGAUUAUCAGAAUUCCAAGUUCAGACAUUCAAGUGGGACAUUUGAUCAUCUUAGAGAAGAACCAGCGUGUGCCAGCGGAUAUGGUGCUUUUGAGGACAUCAGAAAAGGAUGGUGGUUGUUUUAUCAGAACUGAUCAGCUGGACGGAGAAACAGAUUGGAAGCUACGUUUGGCUGUACAAGACACACAGCGACUGCAGACAAAUGUGGACAUCUUGGAUAUAACAGCCCAUGUUUAUGCAGAGAAGCCACAGAAAACUAUCCACACUUUUGUCGGCACUUUCACUAGGGACAAUGAAGGAAUUGUACAUGAAGAUUCCCUGAGUAUAGAACACACUCUAUGGGCUAACACAGUCGUGGCAUCCGGCACAGCUCUGGGAGUGGUCAUCUACACUGGUUGUGAGACCAGGAGUGUCAUGAACACCUCACAGCCAAAAAGCAAGAUUGGAUUACUGGACUUGGAAAUUAACACGUUAACAAAAUUACUGUUUCUGGCAGUUAUCAUUCUCUCCCUCGUUAUGAUGAUUUUGAAGGGCUUUGGUGGUCCAUGGUACAGAUAUUUUUUUAGAUUCAUCCUCUUGUUUUCCUACAUCAUUCCGAUCAGUCUUCGGGUCAACUUAGACAUGGGCAAGGCCUACUACUCCUGGGUGAUCCAGCGAGACAAGCACAUACCUGGGACCACGGUGAGAAGCACCACCAUACCGGAGGAACUGGGCAGGAUUACCUACCUGCUCAGUGAUAAGACCGGAACCCUUACACAGAAUGAGAUGGUAUUCAAGCGACUUCACCUUGGGACAGUCUCAUUUACUCCAGAGACAAUGGAUGAGGUAAUAUCGCACCUGAAAUCUUUUUACUCCAUGGCUCAAUCUUCGGCCACCCCGACACGAACAUCAGGACCUGUGAGGCGGAGCGUGAUGACCCGAGUGAUUGAGGCUGUACACGCUAUUGCCCUAUGUCAUAAUGUCACCCCAGUCUUCGAGGAGAUUGGCAACAGUGAUGUGAAGAGUGAGGACACUGAAGCUGAUCAACAACUGAAGCAGAGAGUAACUUACCAGGCAUCUAGUCCAGAUGAGAUUGCUUUGGUGACUUGGGCAGAGAGCAUGAAUUUGGCUCUCGUGAAGAGAGAUUUGAGCUCUAUCACUCUGCGGACACCUGUUGGAACACUGUCUACUUUCACCAUACUGCAGACUUUUCCAUUCACAUCAGAGUCAAAGAGGAUGGGUAUUAUUUUAAAGGAUGAGGAAACAGGGGAGAUAACUUUCUACUUAAAAGGAGCCGAUGUCGUCAUGCAAGGAAUUGUACAGUAUAAUGACUGGCUGGAGGAAGAGUGUGGAAACAUGGCUCGUGAGGGGCUGCGCACUCUGGUGGUAGCAAAAAAGGUUCUUUCUGAAGAGUUGUACCAGGAUUUUGAGACGAGGUACCAUCAAGCCAAGAUGAGCAUACAGGAACGCAAUUCCAAAAUGCAGGCAGUUAUUGAAAGCUUGGAGAGGGACAUGGAGCUCUUGUGUCUGACAGGAGUGGAGGACAAGCUUCAGGACGGUGUGAGGCAAACUUUAGAGAUGCUGAGAAAUGCAGGAAUUAGAGUGUGGAUGCUGACAGGAGACAAGAUGGAGACUGCCAUUUGUAUUGCCAAGAGUUGCCAGAUGGUUUCCAAGACCCAGGACGUCUAUAUCUUUCAGACUGUUACAGACAGGGGGGAAGCUCACUUGGAGCUCAACUCCCUGAGGAAGAAGAAUGAGGCGGCUCUGAUUAUUAGCGGGGACUCUCUCCAGGUUUGCCUCAAGUACUAUGAGCAUGAGUUUGUUGAGCUGGCCUGUCAGUGCCCAGCGGUUGUAGUCUGCCGAUGCUCUCCCACACAGAAAGCUGAUAUUGUGAAGCUGCUGAAGAUCCACACAGGCAAGAGGACCUGUGCGGUCGGGGAUGGAGGAAAUGAUGUCAGCAUGAUACAGGCAGCAGACGCAGGCAUCGGAAUUGUGGGAAAGGAAGGCAGGCAGGCAUCUCUAGCUGCAGAUUUCUCCAUCACCCAGUUCAGCCAUAUUGGCCGUUUGUUGCUGGUCCAUGGGAGAAAUAGCUACAAGCGGUCGGCAGCUUUGGGCCAGUUUGUCAUUCACAGAGGUCUUAUCAUCACCACCAUGCAGGCUGUUUUCUGCUCUGUUUUUUACUUUGUGUCAAUCGCCCUCUUUCCAGGCUUUCUCAUGGUUGGGUAUGCAACCGUCUAUACCAUGUACCCGGUGUUUUCUCUGGUCCUGGAUAAGGAUGUUUCUGCUGACACUGCACUGACCUAUCCUGAGCUGUAUAAAGAUUUGACAAAGGGUCGGUCUUUGUCAUAUAAAACAUUUUUCUUGUGGGUUCUGAUAAGUAUUUAUCAAGGUGGCACUAUCAUGUACGGAGCCCUGCUGCUUUUUGAAGCCGAGUUCAUCCACGUGGUCAGCAUCACCUUCACGUCACUGAUCCUGACCGAGCUGCUGAUGGUGGCCUUGACUGUUAGAAACUGGCACUAUUUGAUGGUGGUGGCCCAGGUCUUCUCCCUGGGGAUCUACAUUGCCUCCCUGGCUCUGCUCAAAAAUUAUUUUGAUGCCCGAUUCUUGCAGACGUGGGAUUUUGUAUGGAAGGUCUUGGUAAUCACAUCAAUUUCUUGCAUUCCGUUGUAUGUACUGAAAUACCUGAGGAAGAAGUUUUCACCACCGUCGUACUCAAAAUUAAACCCUUGA